AUGCACCCACUAGAGGCCGCCAUGCACGUGUUUGGCGGAGACGACACAGCGGAGUCGUCAAGGAAGAGGCACAUGCUGACGCUGCCCGCAAUUCAGGGUCUUGCUGCUGCUGCUGCUGCUGCUGCUGCUUCGACGACAGACGACGUCAAGUCUUCCGGCAUGGGCGGCCGAAACACUGACUUGCGCAAUGCAAUUGCGUUUCGCGCCUGGCGGUGCCCUAGACAGCGUGAGACGGCGCCGUCUGCCAACGCUUGCCGUGUCUUUCGACUUCGCCAGCACGCACACGCACACAACGGCCACUGUAAGCAUUAA